AUGUCCAUGCACACAAAAGUUUGGCCAACAAACGUUGCAACUCCGUCAUUUUCAACGUUGCAAACCAUCCUUGGAUAUUCUUACCAUUUUUUACCCAUUUUAGAGACCUUUUACGAGUAUAAUAUUUUUUUCCGACUUUUACUCAAUUUAUGUAUUUUAGGUACCCUGAUCUUGUCUUUUUUGAUUGCUCCUUUGAUCGAAGAAUGGCUGCAGUUACUCAUAAAGUGUUUUUCGACAUUACAGUUGGUGGAAAGAAGGAAGGCCGAAUUGUGAUUGGUCUCUAUGGCGAUGUUGUGCCGAAAACUGUCAAGAACUUUGUCGAAUUGGCCAAGGGAUCGAAAGGAUUUGGCUUCAAGGGCUCCAAGUUCCAUCGUGUUAUUAAGGAUUUCAUGAUUCAAGGUAAAAUUUAUGUUAUACUUGGUGUUUUUGAUGUUUAGAUCAAGUUGAAUGGGAAAGAGUAAGAUUUCUGGAUGAUUAAUGGUGUAACAGUAGAGCUAGAGAGUUGAUAGGACUUUUCGAAAAGAAAUUUGUGGCCGAAGGGGUUUUUCUUUUGAUUUUUCGACAUUUUUUGCAUGUGAGCUACUAUAAUAUCUGAGGAUUUCUAAAAUUUAACUUUUUAGGCGGAGAUUUCACUCGCGGCGAUGGCACUGGUGGCAAAUCUAUCUACGGCGAGACUUUCCCCGACGAAAACUUUCAGCUGAAGCACACUGGACCCGGCGUUUUGUCCAUGGCCAACUGUGGAAAGGACACCAAUGGAUCUCAGUUCUUCUUGACCACUGUGAAGACCGCUUGGCUUGAUGGAAAACACGUCGUUUUCGGUAAAGUCGUCGAGGGAAUGGAGGUUGUCCGUGCUGUCGAGAAUCAGAAGGUCAACGACGACGACAAACCCUUGAAGGAUUGUGUUAUCGCUGAUUGUGGGGAACUCAAGUGA